AUGUCUUCUCCUACUUUCCACACCACCGCAGACGACCUCCGCAAGCCGGAAUCCCGAACAGCUCGAGCCCAUGGCGGCCAAGUACCUGCAAACUCUAACGUUUCUGCUAUGAAGUCCAUCAUCAGCACCAACACCAACAAAGCUGAGGAGGUCGAACAAGUUAAAUCCAACCUCCCACUUCCAGACCAACCACCUGUGGCCAGCGAUUGGAAUUCCGCCGACCAGCGCACCGUCAACGUGGGCUCAGGUCGUUUCGAAAGCGCCCAGUCUGGCGAUUCAGACUCUGCUCUGCGCGCACCAGCGACUGCUGAAAGCAGCGUGCGCACUGAUGGCGAUGAAUAUCACACUCUGACUGAGCCUAGUUCCAAGGUCGGACGACAGGGCAAGGAUAACUUGGACGGACUCCCCAAAGACGCGCGUAUACCCAGGAACUCGCGUACUACUCGCGAGGUAAAUUAG